AUGAAUUUUACCUGGGCUCUGUCAUGGCUGGGGACUAGUUUACUUAUUGCUUUUUUGCUAAUGAUAGCAUGGGCUGUCCUCUACCACAUCUCCUGUACAGAGAUCCCUUCUGGAAUGUCUCAGCGCUUCCAGCUGAGAUGCUUACACUUCUUGCUGAUCUUCGCUUUUGGUCUGGUCAACGUCUUGAGGAAACUGCAUGUCUGUUCUGGCGAUGGCCUUUUGAGGUUCUUGAUGGAUGGAAUCCCACCCCUGAAGGAUCCCCAGCUCUCCAUUAAAGACCUCAACUUUGAUGGUGUACCUGUCAGGAUGUACCAGCCGAAGUCUUUGUGUGACGGAGGAUGGAGAGGAGUCCUUUAUUUUCAUGGUGGGGUUGGCAUGUAUGGCAGUAUCGAUGCCUAUGAAAGAGUGUGCCGUUACAUUGCCAAGGAGAGCAAUUCCCUUGUGGUGUCUGUUGGGUAUCGUUUGGCUCCUGAGCAUCCUUACCCAGCCCAAUGUGAGGACUGUCUUACUGCUACAAUAUAUUUCAUGAAGAAUGUCAAAAAAUACAGUGUUGAUCCUGCUUCAAUCCUUGUUAGUGGGGACAGCAGUGGGGGCACAAUAGCUGCUAGUGUUUGCCAGAGCCUGGUGCACAGAUCAGACCUUCCCAAAAUACGGGCUCAGGUUCUGAUCUACCCUUAUCUCCAAGCAGUGGACUUCAAUUUGCCUUCGUAUCAGAGGAAUAGUCAUGUGCCUCUUCUUUUCCAGAACCAAGUUGUACAAUUUGGCCUUCAGUAUCUUCAGAAGGACGGGUCCCUAUCUAAGAAUAUUUUAGAAGGUUCUCAUAUUCCUCAAGAGGUGAAAAUAAAGUAUAGUAAAUGGCUGGGGCCAGAAAAUCUCCCUGAAGUAUAUAAAUGGAAAGGGUACAGGUGUCCACAGCCCACUUCUGAUUCCGUCCUACCAUUUGAAGUCAUGAAAGACAUUUUGGACACAAGGUUAUCCCCACUUUUAGCCCAAGAUGCUGUCAUUCAGCAGCUGCCUGAAGCUUAUAUUUUAACCUGUCGAUUUGACGUGUUUAUGGAUGAUGGACUUUUGUAUAAGAAACGAUUAGAGGACAACGGCGUUGGCGUCACCUGGUUCCAACUUGAAGAUGGAUUCCAUGGAAUUGUAUUCUUUGUCAAUCACUGGCUUUUCUCAUUCUCGGGUUGUCAAAGAGGAAUAAACAGUAUAGUAAAUUUUAUCAAAGGUUUAUAAUUCCAGAUAUGGAUAUAGACAUAGAUUAUCAGUGAAAUGCUAAGAAGAAUGACUCCACCCUAAGUCCAUUGAGGACUAGACUUCAAUGGGCUUAGAAUGGAGUCACUCUUCUUGGGAUUGCACUGUAUAUAGUCUUUCUGACAGCUGUAGCCUUGAUAUGUACAGACUACCUCCUAAGCGUAAAUAAGAGCAUGCAGUGAAUGAGUAAUGUGGGCUGACUAUAUGUACAAAAUCUUUGAAUGGCAUAGACUGAGUUGUAAAAAAUUCAUUUGCCCCUCAACUCAAAGUC